UAUUUGUUACCCGGGUCAGGAACCAAAGAUAUUAAGUUGCUGACUGAGAGGUCCAAUGUGCAGUAUUCGGGACAAUGGAUGUUUAAGAUCGGAUGGCCAAAUAUGGGAGGUUUAAAUGUAGAGGCUGCGGAUAGUUACUUCCAAAAGGAUUCCGACAAACCGCCCUUCUUCAUAGUGGAACAAUAUUUUGAGGGUUGCUUUAAAGUAGACGCGUAUCUUUCUUUAUCCAACGCGAGUCAGAUUUGGCAGGAUGUGAGCAUUCGUUCGUGCAUGAUUCUGUGUCAUCAGAGAAAUCAUAAGUACGCUGCUCUCCACAAUGGUAAUGAAUGCGCCUGCCUGAAUGACCAGGAGGUUUCGAGGCUAGAGAAAUUACCAGCUGAAGCAUGCGACGUUCCGUGCAGCGUAAAUGACGAGGAGCGUUGCGGUGGGAAGACCGCUGCGUCGAUAUUUCUGGCUGUUGCCAAAUCCAUCUUAUCCGCUGAUGAAAGAGCUGCAGGACUGAAUGAUGUCGAUGAAUGUGACAACGGUGUAUCUCAGUGCCAUUCAAACGCGCUUUGUAAGAAUAGCGCUCCAGGUUACUGCUGUGAAUGCAUGAAUGGUUACUAUGGGAACGGAGUCGACUGUGUCAAGGAAGGAGAAGUCAUUCAUUUCCUCGGCAAGUUUUCUGGCAUCCUUAAUGGUGUAGAUCUCCAAGAUCUUCGUCUGGAUUUAAUUGCCAUGUCUAGCGAUGGCCGUGUUUACGUCGUAAUAAGAAGACCACCGACUGCUCUGGCGCAUUCUCUGAAGAUCCUCACCCCUUUCGCUAACACUGCUGGCUGGAUGCACGGUGUAAGCAAAGUCAAGGGUGUUCCCAAUGGCUUUAGUGUACUCGGGACAAGGUUGACAAGAAACAUGGUGGUCUCCUUUGACUCAGGCGAGGAAUUACGUUUGAAACAGAAGUUCAAGGGUAAAGAUGCCAGCGGCCGUUACAUCUCCAUAGAAACUACGAUAAACGGAACAAUGCCGGACAUCAGCUCUGACUCCGAUAUCAGAAUGGAUUCUUUUAAGAAAGUGUAUCGUCGUGAGGAUCACGGGAAAGUAGAAUCCGAAGGGACAACAACAUUUCAAGUUGAUGGUGAAACCAACGGAUUCUCUGUCUUAGAGACCAUUGAGUAUGAUGAACUGAGAGGAUGCGAUGACAGUUUCUACAGCUUUGAUGUGGAAUCUAGGGUGCUGUUAACCAAAUUUGACCCCAAUCAGAAGUACGCGUCAGUAGCCAUCCAGUCUUACAUCGUCAACGCCUCUACACCAGACACUCAAGGUCAACAAGGUAAUGGUAGCCCCUGUGGAUCCCAGAAAGUCACCUGUCACGCUAAGGCAAGCUGCUUGAAUGACCAAGGAUUGGAAGAAUGCCGCUGUAAAGACGGUUACCAAGGCGACGGUACCAAAUGUGAAGAUGUGGAUGAAUGUAAAUUGGACGUGGCCGGCUGCAGCUCUUCUGCUGACUGUAUUAAUACUGAGGGCUCAUUCUCGUGCAAAUGCCGCAGCGGAUUCACUGGCGAUGGUUUCAGUUGUAUAAAAGUAACCGAACUACAGUGUCCUAGCAAUUGUGACCCGGACGCUAAGUGCGUUCAAUAUGUAGGAGGCUGGAGGUGUGUGUGUAAUCCGGGAUUUAAGGGCAAUGGAAUCAUUUGUCAACCUGAUGGGUCGUGUGCGGGAGUACAGUGCAGUGAAAACGCCCAAUGUACCUACACCGCAGACAACUCGAGGAAAUGUGUGUGUAACUUGGGAUACAAAGGCGACGGUGAAACCUGUUCCCCUCGUGAUAAAUGUGAAGGGGUAACCUGUGGCACCAAUGCGACUUGCGAUGCCACUGGAAACUGUGCCUGCGACCGCGGUUUCCAAGGGGAUGGACAGCGUUGUGACGAUGUAGACGAAUGUAAAGAAAGUCAGGACAAGUGUCACAGUGACGCUGACUGCACGAACACCGUGGGUUCGUAUAAAUGCCAGUGCAAGAAAGGUUACCUUGGUGAUGGAUUCACGUGUGUGAAGGAGGAGGUUGGUCAGUUGUGCAGUGGCCAGAAGUGCCAUUCCCAAGCUCAGUGUCUCGGCGAUCAGGACAGCCUUAAGUGUGUCUGUAACAAUGGUUACCAAGGAGAUGGGGUCACGUGCGCAGACAAUAAUGAAUGCUUGGAGGAUAACUUGUGUCAUGAAUUCGCUGACUGCACCAACACUGAGGGUUCAUACACGUGUAAAUGUAAAGAGGGUUACACAGGAAACGGACAGGAGUGCACCAGAGAUUCCACUGAUGGCUGUGGUGGAGAGAAGUGUCACAUGUAUGCCUCGUGUCAAGUAAAACCUGAUACGGGCAAAGAAGAGUGUCAGUGUCAGUACGGCUUCACUGGCAACGGAGUAGACUGUAAAGAUUUGAAUGAGUGUGCUGAAAGUGACGACAUUUGUCCAGACAACAGCACUGAAUGUCAAAAUACAUUUGGAAGCUAUGAAUGUCUAUGCAAGAAAGGAUAUAUGGAAGUUAACCGCAAGUGUGUCUCUGAUGAUUCCUGCAUGGGUGUGGACUGUCACCCGGAUGCUAUUUGUGAUUCUAUUCGGGGAUGUUUAUGCAAGGAUGGUUUCCAAGGCGAUGGAGUUAGUUGCGAGGACGAAAACGAGUGCAAUCUUACUCGAAGUCCGUGUGACCUGAACGCAAACUGCAUCAACACGAAUGGCUCGUUUCAGUGUGAAUGCAAUACAGGAUUUACUGGUGAUGGAUUCCGUUGCGAAAGAGCUGAGGGAAACUGUAAUGGCGUUGCGUGUGAUACCCAUGCCCAAUGUGUCCAACCUUUGGAUGACGGUCCACCCCAGUGUGAAUGUGACAAAGGUUGGGAAGGCGACGGACAAGUCUGUUCAGAUGCUGACGAAUGCAAACCCUUUAAAAACUUGUGCCAUCCGUUGCGUGCUGAUUGCAUCAACACAGUUGGUUCGUAUAAUUGCCGCUGCAAGCCAGGCUACCAAGGAGAUGGCUUCAAUUGCAUAUCUGAUGGUACCUGUGAUGGAGUCCAAUGCGAUGUCAACGCCACUUGUUUUAAACCGUCACCUGAAAAACCUGGUCAGUGUGUAUGCAAAGAUGGCUGGCAGGGUGACGGAAAGACUUGUGAAGGUCAGAAAAAAAGCGAAGCCAUUUGCGUUUUAAUCUUUCUUCUUCUUACCAUGCGACGAUUAGAAGGAACCCACGAAAACGAGUGCAAUCUUACUCGAAGUCCGUGUGACCUGAACGCAAACUGCAUCAACACGAAUGGCUCGUUUCAGUGUGAAUGCAAUGCAGGAUUUACUGGUGAUGGAUUCCGUUGCGAAAGAGCUGAGGGAAACUGUAAUGGCGUUGCGUGUGAUACCCAUGCCCAAUGUGUCCAGCCUUUGGAUGACGGUCCACCCCAGUGUGAAUGUGACAAAGGUUGGGAAGGCGACGGACAAGUCUGUUCAGAUGCUGACGAAUGCAAACCCUUUAAAAACUUGUGCCAUCCGUUGCGUGCUGAUUGCAUCAACACAGUUGGUUCGUAUAAUUGCCGCUGCAAGCCAGGCUACCAAGGAGAUGGCUUCAAUUGCAUAUCUGAUGGUACCUGUGAUGGAGUCCAAUGCGAUGUCAACGCCACUUGUUUUAAACCGUCACCUGAAAAACCUGGUCAGUGUGUAUGCAAAGAUGGCUGGCAGGGUGACGGAAAGACUUGUGAAGCAGCCGACUUGAAAUGUGGUGGAGUAGUCUGCGAUGCCAACGCUAAUUGUUCCCAGCCUUCAUCCGGUGAAAUGCGGCAGUGCGUUUGCAAUCCAGGAUGGACUGGAAAUGGCCAAACCUGCCUUGAUAUAGACGAAUGUCAGCCUUUCAUGAACAGUUGCCAUAGAGAUGGUGAAUGCGUCAAUACCGAGGGUUCAUACUCAUGCCGGUGUAGACCUGGUUUCCAGGGAGACGGAUAUGACUGCGUCUCUGAUUCGGAUAAAUGUGAAGGAACCAGAUGUCAUCCAAAUGCAGAGUGUAUUGAAUUCGUUCCUAGCAGACGACGAUUGUGUGUUUGUAAGGAAGGUUGGCAAGGAGACGGACGAACCUGUUAUGAUAUAGACGAGUGCCAGGCAAACGAAAGGGAAUGCGACCGCAAUGCUGACUGUUCAAACACUGAGGGCUCAUACCAAUGCCGUUGCAAGGCCGGGUUCAAGGGAAAUGGCUUCAACUGUACUUCGGAUGGCAGUUGUGCUGGAAAACUUUGUGACUUGAACGCGGAAUGUGUUUUUGAUGAAGGACAACAGCGUUGCUCGUGUAACAAAGGCUGGAAUGGAGAUGGCCAAACCUGCUUUGAUAUAAACGAGUGUAAACCCUUUAAGAACAACUGUUCCUUAGACGCUGAGUGCGUAAACACCGAGGGCUCAUAUGAGUGUCGAUGUAGGCCUGGUUAUCAAGGAGACGGUUUUACCUGCGUCUCGGAUGGCUCCUGUGAAGGGGUAGUUUGUGACUCCAAUGCCGAAUGUCUCCGAUCGUUUAUCGAAGGACGGCGACAGUGCAAGUGUAAAGAUGGUUGGCAGGGAAACGGUAAAACCUGCUCCGAUAUAAACGAGUGCGAACCAUUCAAGAACAACUGUUCCUUAGAAGCUGAGUGCUUAAACACCGAGGGCUCAUAUGAGUGUCGAUGCAGGCCUGGUUACCAGGGAAACGGCUUCACCUGCUUCUCGGAUGGCUCCUGUGAAGGAGUUGUUUGCGACUCCAAUGCCAAAUGUCUCCGAUCGUUUCCCGAAGGACGGCGACAGUGCAAGUGUAAAGAUGGUUGGCAGGGAGACGGUAAAACAUGCUCCGAUAUAAAUGAGUGCCAACCAUUCAAGAACAACUGUUCCUUAGAAGCUGAGUGCUUAAAUACCGAGGGCUCAUAUGAGUGUCGGUGUAGGCCUGGUUACCAGGGAGACGGCUUCACCUGCGUCUCGGAUGGCUCCUGUGAAGGAGUAGUUUGCGACUCCAAUGCCAAAUGUCUCCGAUCGUUUCCCGAAGGACGGCGACAGUGCAAGUGUAAAGAUGGUUGGCAGGGAGACGGUAAAACAUGCUCCGAUAUAAAUGAGUGCCAACCAUUCAAGAACAACUGUUCCUUAGAAGCUGAGUGCUUAAAUACCGAGGGCUCAUAUGAGUGUCGGUGUAGGCCUGGUUACCAGGGAGACGGCUUCACCUGCGUCUCGGAUGGCACCUGUGAAGGACUAGUUUGCGACCCAAAUGCCGAAUGUCUGCGAUCGUUUCCCGAAGGACGCCGACAGUGCAAGUGUAAAGACGGUUGGCAGGGAGACGGUAAAACAUGCUCCGAUAUAAACGAAUGUAAACCAUUCAAGAACAAUUGUUCCUUAGAAGCUGAGUGCUUAAACACCGAGGGCUCAUAUGAGUGUCGAUGUAGACCUGGUUACCAAGGAGACGGUUUUACUUGCGUCUCGGAUGGCACCUGUGAAGGAGUAGUUUGCGACCCGAAUGCCGAAUGUCUCCGAUCGUUUUCCGAAAAACGCCGACAGUGCAAGUGUAAAGAUGGUUGGCAGGGAGACGGUAGAACAUGCUCCGAUGUCGACGAAUGUCAGCCAUUGAAGAACAACUGUCACGGGAAGGCAGAGUGCGUAAAUACUGUGGGUUCGUUUGAGUGCCGUUGCAAGCUUGGUUACCUUGGAGAUGGAGUGAAUUGCACGUCUGAUGGCUCUUGCGAUGGAGUCUUUUGCGAUGCCAACGCCAUCUGCGAGGAAAGAGCUUAUGGUGAUCAACACCAGUGCUCAUGCAGAGACGGUUGGAGAGGGAAUGGAACCUACUGCGCUGAUAUUGACGAGUGCAAAUCGUCCGCAGCCAAGUGUGACCUGAAUGCAGAUUGCUUCAACAACCCAGGCUCUUAUCAAUGUCGCUGCCGGCUUGGUUACCAAGGAAACGGAACUCAAUGUGUCUCUGACGGCACCUGCGAUGGAGUAGUAUGUGAUCAACAUGGUGCAUGCGUACCGAAGACCGCUAGCGGAAGAGAUCGGCAGUGCGUUUGUGUGACUGGCUGGACAGGGGAUGGACGAAGUUGUGAUGAUGUGGAUGAAUGCCAAGCUGCAAAUGACAGCUGCCAUCAGCAUGCUGACUGUCGCAACAGUCCUGGGUCAUUUUCUUGCCGUUGCAAGCUGGGA